UGUUUAUUGACAAGGGUGGCGACCUCUAUACGCAGUGGUGGGUAACACAUAAAAUAUUCAUAUCUAAUUAUGAAUAAGCACUUGUCGUUGAUUCAAAUUGUUUUGGUUCUAAAACAAAUUUAAUUGUUCCUUACUAUUUGGCUGCAUAACCAUUUGAUCUGUUUACAAAGGAUCUAACGAUGCAACCUCAAAUAUUUAUAAUAAAAAAAAGGGAAAUCACAAACAAACGCGGGCACUAGCUGCUUGUGACCAGCACUGUGCUAAUUUAUAAAACGUGUUUGUUUCUCAUCGUUCAAAGCUGCAAGGUCCUAGCACCAUUCAACAAGGUUACGCAUUUCCGAAGACGGUCACACCAUUGAAUAAAUAUCAGUCCUCGAGUCUGGCAGUGCCUCAAGCAGACUGCCAAAGCUGUGCGUCUCCAACUAGAUUGGGGAAUCAAGGAAGAAUUGUAAAAUUACUUCUGGGAUUAUUAUAGUGAAAUGGAUACUGCUAUAAAUACAAACGAUGUCAGAGAUGAGUCUGGUGAGAUUCUAAAACGAUUUCCACUCAUAAUGGCAAAAGAAGAGAGCAAAGUUUCUUGCUUGGCUUCACCGACGCUUCCACCGCUAAUCCCAAUUAACAGCUUUACAUCAAAGUCUCCUUUAGAGACGGACAAGAAGAAUAUCUCGCCAGGUGCAGCAAACUUCAGCAUUUCAAGUAUACUAUCAAGCGAUAGCAACAGAUCAUUGGUGCUGGAGAGUGCGAAAAGAACCAUAGUGCAAAAUGAAGCAACGGGAGAAAAACAGAGACCUAGUUCAAGACGUUCGCAUGAUCGAGGGGUGCCUUCUUAUACUUGCAUGAUAGGACAGGCGAUAUUAAGUAGUCCAACACAACAAAUAACACUAGGUGAGAUAUAUGACUACAUAGAGAAAAAGUUUCCAUCAAUCGAGGUUAAGGUCAAAGGAUGGAGAAACUGUGUGCGGCAUAAUUUGUCGCUGAAUGAAUGUUUUGUGAAAGUCGGUCCAUCAAGGCACGGGAGAGGCAACAAUUGGACCGUACAUCCUUCGUAUAUAGAGAGUUUCCUGCGAGGCCAGUUUAGAAAGAGGAUGUCGACACGAAGGAGACGAGGCCAUGUCUUUGGGCCUCCUUACUGGGCUGACCAGAAAUUGAACGGGAUGAGACUUAACGCAGGAGAUUUGUUCCCUACGAUAUACCCGUCACAAAGAAUAGACACGUACGGUGAUUUUCAUCAUAGCUUAGACACAGAUAGACACACAGAGCGAUGUUUGGUAUCCAGAAGGCCCUACAGAUUUGAAGACCAGAGAACAGAGAACACUCUUCCAUCUCGAUGCAUGCCAGGCUCCAUUCACUACAGAAACCCUUUUCACCAUUUUUGCAACCAAUUUAAAGCCCCCGUCUCUUCACCUACAGAUAUCAGAAGCGAAAAUGCAAACAAGGGGCUUUUUAUUCCCGGGAAAAGGCUUGGUUUUGUUCACGAAAAUAACUUCGAACAUUACAAAAAUGAAAACUUUCAGGAUCGGAGUAACUCAGAGGACAAGAAAGUAUCUAGAAAUUCAGGCUCUACCGCUGUCAAUUGCCAUCAACAUUAUGAUGGGGGCCUCAUACUUCAUUUUCCAGAUAAAAUAUCGACGUUAGAUCAAUCAGUGACUGAAACAAGACCAUUGAAAGUCCAUUAUGAAGGGCUGAAUCUAGCACGAAGCCAUGGGAACUUCAUUCCCCCGUCAAGAGACAGCAAGAUUGAUACGCUAGCAAAAGCUUGCUCAAAAGUUACCGAACCUCUUUCUAAAUUUAUUCUUACAAAUGCCUAAAAGAUUAUUCCUUUAAUGUAGUUAUAGUGAUUUUUAGCGAUAUAUUUGUUUUAUGAAUAGACCAGAAAACACAAUAUUCUACAUUUGCUCUUUAUGUCUCAACUACAGCUUCAAGGGUGGAUCAACGGAUAUUUUAUGAGCG